AUGAUCGAAGAGAGUUUGGAAAUAGUUGAGAUUUUUUGGAUAAAAAUCGAACCUCUUUUGAGCUGAAUCGCUUGGUUAUUGCCCGUAAGUAUAAACCCAAUACAAAACUUAACUACUUGAUUCUUGCGAUAUUUAUUUCGGGCUGUAGAAGUGUUUGCAAUCAACGUGAAAAAAUAUUUGCGCCUCGUCGGAAUGGCGGUCACAUGGUCAACUAGACUCGCAUUAUUCUGCGCUUAAAUCUGGAAUUUUUUAUCUAACGUUAAUUAUUUAGGUCUAACACAUUGAAUUUUAGUACCAGGAAAAACAAACGAGGGUUGAUAGCCGAUUUUUAAGCGUGAAAAACACAGAAAUGUUCGUUCGCACGAGGCAUGUGUGUGAAGAGGAGAUGUUGCGCACGUGGCACGAAAAGAAUGUCCACGUGUGGCGUUCUUUUCUAAGAUUUCUAACUGGCAGUUUUAUGCGUAGAAAUGAUUAAACUAUGAUAUAUUUCUUGUAGUUUAUAGUUCUUCGUGUAUACAUUUAUAUCUUCUGUAAAAAAAAUUCUAGGGGGUUGGCUUGCUUAGUGAAGACAUACAUUGGUUAUUGGUCGAACACUGAAUCUUGUUGUAUGGUUAUAGAUCCGACAUUACCUAGUCUAACCAAUGCACUCAAAAAUUAUAUAACUACCUGACUGCUUUGCUUUCUGAAAUGAUAAAAAAUAUUGGUUCAGGUUGUCCAAUACCCAAACUGAACUAAGUGAAAUUACUGAAAUAUUUGCAUCAUGUCAAAAUUUGUUCAUAUAAUUAUGCAACAUUGACUAUCAAGCGGACAUUUUUGCUGCUUGUUUUUUGUUGCCCCUUGUAGUGUAGUGGUAAAGCAGUGGCAUGCCAUCGCAGAACUACCAAGUUCAAUCCCUGGUGAAGGCAAAUUCUUUUCAUAUUUCAUCUUGUGGUAGAUUCAGUGAAUUUUAUCUUGUGGUAGAUUCAGUGAUAAAAGGUUUUUUCAAUGUCUCUGUGAUAACGGACCAUUAUUUUUGUGAUUAGGUUUUAUUUUUGUGCCAGGGAAGACAUUACCAAAUAUUAGGCCUAACUAUAGGACACAAAGUCGGCAAAAUGUCUGGUCUAUAACCAUGGCGUUUUUAAAAAUACUACAGUAAAUAAACAUUCAUCAAUAUUCUGCCUGUUAUGGUUGCCUGUCACAAAGCUGCCAAGAAAGGGGUCACACUUGGGGUCUCUACAGGGGAGUGGGCCCAACAUAGCAUUGUUUCUGUCGUUAGGAAUGCAAGAAAAUUUGCUUCGGAGCUCCCAAAACCUCUUGGUCUGGCCAAAGGUGCAAUUUAAUAUAAUACUCUGUGAUGACUAUGAUGACGAGACUGAGUUAUUAUCCAGUGAUGACAAUCGAGGCAUUUGUCUGAGAGUAAAUAUACUGAUUAAUUAAACUGCAAUGCACCCAGAUUUGUUAUUUUACUUGAUGAUUUUUACUUGUCAAUGAGAGGGUCUUGCACAUGUAUUAAGUUGUUGACCAGUAUAUCUGUAAUAUCUGAUUGAAAAAUUUAGUAAUUUUUACUUUAUCAUAUAGGCCUCUGUUUUUGUACGAGAAGAUUAAAUGGAUGGAAAAUGUACAAUGGGAUUUCUCUACCUGUAAGGAUUGUAUAUUACCAAAUGUGUUUUUUUUAGCAAUAUUUAGAUGCUACAAUGAAUGAUGAAAGUUUUUUUAGACUAGAGUCUCUGAAAAAAUUGAUGACACAACCCUUGGCUGUCUGA